AUGUAUGGGACCUGGUAUAGUGAAUAUGCAGUGGACGGUGUACGUGACAGCUGUUCCCACACCAGCACACAGACCGACCCGUGGUGGAGAGUGGAUCUGAUGAAGGUAUACAGAGUAAACAGAGUGGCCAUCACUAACAGAAUCAGCUCCUAUUCUGAUGUCGUAUCCAGAAUAAACGGGGCAGUGAUUCGUGUCGGGAACUUCCUUGACAUUUACAGCAACCCUGUAUGUGCUGUAGUUUCUACUAUUCCUUCUGGAGACACAGCCAUCUUCUCAUGCGGUGGGACUGAGGGACGUUACGUGAUUGUUCAUAUUCCUGGAGUUGGGAAAAUUCUUACUCUCUGUGAGGUUGAAGUCUACGGGUAUUUAAGAGGAAAUCGGGCAGUAGAUGGAGCUGCUUCACAGUCAUCAACAUUUGGGAACUGGUUUCCUGAAAAGGCCACUGAUGGCAAUCGAGGUCUCCAGCAGUUGUAUAUGGGAUGUUCCUCAACCCUUAAUCAGAGUAACCCAUGGUGGAGUGUGGAUCUGCGUGAUAUUUACCGAGUAAGUAGAGUGGUUGUCACUAUCAGAAAAGACUGCUGUGCGGAACGAAUAAACGGAGCAGAGAUUCACAUCGGAAACUCUUUGGAGAACAACAGCAACAACAAUCCCAUAUGUGCAGUUAUUCCUGCUAUUCCAGCAGGUGAGUCCUACAGCUACUCAUGUAAUGGGAUGGAGGGACGUUUCGUGAAUCUGAUCAUUCCUGGAGACAUGAAAAUACUUACUCUGUGUGAGGUGGAGAUCUAUGGAGAAGGUCCUGUUUUAAAAAGAUCGUUUGUAAAAAUGCGGUUUAACUCCAGAGCUGAUUUGACUGACCCUUCAGUAGGAGAAAAUAUUUUGAAACAGGUGGAAUCUGCUCUAGCUGAUAGAGGAUUCAUAAACGUGAUACUACAUUGGUCUCAAACCCCUAAACAGGAAGUCAAGCAGAAGGUGGACACUGCUAUGAAAGAGAUGAAGAGAGUCUUCGACCGGGCCGCGACCGGCAGGGAGGCCGCCCAUCGCCUCUCGGAACUCCGGCAAGGAUCUUCUUCCAUCACCGACUACUCCAUCGAGUUCCGCACCAUGGUGGCCGAACGAGGCGGCGCAGUGGGAUAG